AUGGCAUUUGGAACGACGAGGAAUGCGCCGAGUCCAGAGCCAAAGGGCGCACUGAGCACGAGCCCUUCGCCAUCUCCAUCUCGGGAUAUCGCACACAACGGCCGUAACUACCUCGGUCUCCGUGGUGCGAAGUUGGGGUGGGCAAUCACCUCUGUCGCGACCAUCGGAUUUCUGUUGUUUGGAUAUGAUCAGGGAGUCAUGUCGGGCAUCAUCACAGGCGAAUACUUCAACAAAGAAUUCCCCGCAACGUACGGCUCCGACCAACACGCCUCCACAAUCCAAGGAACCGUGACUUCCGUGUACGAACUCGGCUGUUUCGGUGGAGCGCUGACUGCUCUCUUCCUCGGUGAACGGAUGGGACGCUUGAGGACGAUUUGUCUGGGUGCGGUCAUCAUGAUUUUGGGGACUGUGAUUCAGGUCACCGCAUUCGAUGCACACUUUGGGCUCGGGCAGUUUAUUAUUGGACGUGUUGUUACGGGUGUCGGAAACGGAUUCAACACUGCUACGAUUCCGACGUGGCAGGCUGAGUGUUCGACGGGUGCGAGUCGUGGUAUGUUGGUCUGUAUCGAAGCAGCCAUGAUCGCAGUCGGAACCUUCAUCGCAUACUGGUUCGACUUUGGUCUCUCCUUCGUUCCAUCUCACGUCCAAUGGCGUCUUCCCAUCGCCUUCCAAAUCGUGUUCGCGAUCGGUCUCAUCGCUGGCGUUUGCGUCCUCCCCGAGUCUCCGCGUUGGUUACUCGCGCAUGGACAUGAGGAUGAGGGAACGAGGGUUAUUGCAUUCCUCCGUGGCGAGGCGAUUGACUCCGAACCCGUCCUUCGCGAAAAACGUAAUAUCCUGGCUGGAAUCGCACGUGUGCAAAGCGAGGGCCACUGCAAAAACCGUGAUCUCCUCACUGGUGGCAAAACACAACAUCUCCGUCGUACGUUGCUCGGUGCCUCUUCUCAGGUUUUCCAGCAGUUGGGUGGAUGUAAUGCGGUUAUUUAUUAUUGUCCAGUGUUGUUUGAGAACUCGGUUCAUCUUGAUCGUACCCUUUCUUUGGUCCUCGGUGGUGUUCUUGCGACCGUCUAUGCGCUUUCCACCUUGGCUUCGUUUACGCUUGUGGAGAAGUUGGGUCGCCGUCCAAUGUUCCUCAUCGGCUCCUUCGGCCAAAUGGUGGCUAUGAUCAUCACGUUCGCAUGUCUCAUCCCCGGUUCCGUGUCCGCCUCGAAGGGUGCGGCGUUCGGACUCUAUCUCUAUAUCAUUUUCUUCGGAUCCACAUGGUUGGAGCUCCCGUGGCUCUACCCCGCCGAAAUCAACCCCCUCCGUACCCGCACUAAAGCAAACGCAAUCUCCACCUCCGCAAACUGGAUCUUUAACUUCAUGGUUGUCCAGGUCGUCCCAACCAUGGUCGCCUCAAUCGGAUGGGGAACCUACCUCUUCUUCGCAGUCAUGAAUGCACUCUUCAUCCCCGUCAUCUACUUUUACUAUCCCGAGACAAAGGGGAGGAGUUUGGAGGAGAUUGAUUUGUUGUUUGCGAAGGGGUAUUUGAAUGGUGGGGGGAUGGAGUAUGUUACGGUUAGUAAAACGAUGCCGAGGUUGACGGAGCAUGAGGUUGAGCGGCAGAUCGCGGAGAUUGAGGGGGUGGAGAAGGUCGAGGGCGCUGGUGGUGUUGACAACGGAAGAGAGGAUGUUGAAAAUGCUAGGGGAAGGCAGGGGAGUGAGCCGACGUUGUUGAAUGAGGUUAGGGCUGAUAGGGGGGAGGAUGUGAAUGAUCCGGCGACUACUUUUAACCCUAUUAAGGGUGGAUAA